UCGCGCAGGAUCCUGGCUGCAGGGCUCCGCGCUCAGGCAGAGGGUCUCCGCCACAGCCGGCGUCUUUCCGCUCAGCUGCAGACCUUGGAGCAGCCACUCCGGCCCGCGGUUCCGACCAAGGCCGGUGGAGGGUUUUGCCCCGCGAACAUGAACUGGAUGGCAGCGACCUGCUGGGCUCUGCUGCUGGCCGCCACCUUCCUGUGCGACAGUGGCGAGACCAAGGGUGGCCGCGGAGGGGCUCGUGGCAGCGCCCGGGGAGGGCUACGCGGGGGCGCGCGCGGGGCCCCCAGGGCUCGCGUGAGGCCAGCGCCCCGCUACUCGGGCUCCUCCCUGCGCAUGGGGGCAGUGGGGGCGGCGGCUGGGGCCGCAGCGGGCCUGGCUGCAGGUUCGGCCGGGAGGAGGGUCCUGGGGCCCUGGGAGAGCGGCCUGGACGACGAAGACGCGGUACCCGAAGGCAACAGGACGGGCAUCUACAGCUACCGGGCCUGGACGUCGGGUGCGCGGCCCACGUGCGGCCUACAGCUCUGCCUGCUGCUGGGUGGCGCCCUCAGUGCCCUGGGGCUGCUGCAGCCCUAGGCCUGGCAGGGCUCAGGGCCCAUCGGCCCCUGGCCCGGGUGGCCCCCCAGCCCAGAGAGGCUCCCUGAGUGGUUCUGCCAGGCCCAGCAGGCACAGCUGCCUCUCACAGUGACCCGGGUGCCACCUCCUGUUCACUGUCCUGCCCAAGCCCCUGCCGAGCCUCCCCACUUCCACCGGACCCUGGGCCCAGGAGCCCAUCAGGUCCGGGACGCCCACCAUACUCACCGGUUAGCGACCCCCCCAGCCAGAAAGGCAGUGCCCUGUGGCCCUGUACCACCCUGGCCGGCAGGCUCCCAGGUCUCCAGGGCUUCCCCAGAGACUGGUGUCAAGGCCAGGUGGUUCAGGCCACUUUGUCUCUUUUUUUUUAAAGAUUUUAUUUAUUUAUUUUUAGAGCGAGGAGAAGGGAAGGAGAAAGAGAGGGAGAGAAAGGUCAAUGUGUGGUUGCCUCUCACGUGGCCCCCAUUGGGGACCUGGCCCACAACCCAGUCAUGUGCUCUGACUGGGAAUUGAACCAGUGAUCCUUUGAUUCACAGCCCAUGCUCAAUCCUCUGAGCCACACCAGCCAGGCCACUUUGUCUCUUCUGAACGCACCCUGGACACUUGGGUGUGGAUGGUGCUGACCACUGGGCAGAGGCAAAGGCUGAGGACUGUGGUGGCCGCCCCCACAGAAGCUGCCACAAUGGACCUGGAGCACUGAGGGUUUGGGGAAGGGGAGGUUUGGCUCACAGCUGCCACGUGGAGAACGCCUGGUGCCGAUGGCGUCUGUGGACCUCGGAGCCAGAGACGCAGCCCAGCUGUGGCUCUGUGGCCGCUUUCCCAGGAGCACACCCCUGCCCUGGGCUCUGCUGUGUCCCCGCUCCUUGCAGACACCCCGUGGGACCCACUGCCGGCAACUGCCUCGGAGCCACUACGCUCGGACUCCAACAAGGCAUUUAACUCUUCUUGGGACCUACUUGGGAAAAGCCAACAUUCCCUCUGAACUUUGACUUUCCAUCCCCAGAGCGCUGGCCUGUGUUCUGUGCUGCAACUGCCGCUCCCACUGAGGGGGCCCC